AUGUAUGAUAACUCGGCGGCUCAAGAAGCCUGCGCCAUGAACGGCUCAACGGCUAGAGCCUUGCCCACACCUCUUGAGUGGAUCCACGGUCAAUAUGGAUCGGCGGCAGACUCGCUGCCAAAACCAGCGAAUUGGGUUCCAAUCAUGGAGUCUCCAAUGUACACGCCUCGCAAAAUGCGUGUCAUCACCAUCGGUGCAGGCUUCUCGGGCCUAAUGGUUGCUCACAAGAUACAACAUGACUACAAGAUGGAAACAUAUUGCGACCAUGUCAUCUACGAGAAGAAUCCUGAAGCUGGCGGGACUUGGUUCGAGAAUCAAUACCCAGGAGUUGCGUGCGAUGUUCCAGCGCACAUAUACACAUUUACAUGGGCGCCAAACCCAAAAUGGUCUUCCUAUUACGUGAAAGGCCCCGAGAUCCGUUCCUAUAUCCAAAAUGUGGCCAAAGAGUACGACCUCGAGAAAAAUGUUGUGUUCAAUGCCAAGGUAUUGAGUGCAACUUGGACCGAGGACGAGGGAAAGUGGGUUGUUGAGGUUGACAUGGGUGACCAUAUCAAACGUGACAAUGCAGAUGUGGUAAUUAACGCCAGUGGCGUCCUGAAUGACUGGCAUUGGCCAGAUAUUCCUGGCUUGGAGAAAUUCAAGGGCCACCUGUGCCACUCAGCAGCUUGGGACCAGAACUACGAUUACACAGGUAAGACGGUCGCUGUCAUUGGCAAUGGGUCUUCUGCGAUCCAGAUUGUUCCAUCCUUGCAACCGAUUGUGAAGCACAUGACAACCUUCAUCCGCUCUGCCACGUGGAUUAGCCCCAACUUCGCUGCUGAGCACACUAGGGACGGGGGUAAUUUUCAGUACUCGGAAGAAGAAUUGAAAGAAUUUGAAGACCCGGACAAACUGCUUGCUUAUCGCAAAAAGAUUGAGCACGGCUUCAACAAGCUCUAUCGAGGCCUGCAGUACGGAACACCUGAGCACGAGUUCUUUCAGGCCCAAUCUCGACAAAUCAUGGUCAGCCGAAUGGAGGGUAACAAAGAUAUGCAAGAAAAGUUAAUCCCUACAUGGGCAUUCGGCUGUCGUCGCCUCAGCCCCGGGGACGGGUAUCUCGAGGCACUACAGAAGCCGAACGUGAAUGCCAUCUUCAACUCAGCAACGGCAAUAACCGCUGAUGGGGUGGUUGACUCCGACGGUGCCGAACAUAAAGUGGACGCCAUCAUUUGUGCCACCGGUUUCGACACCUCAUGGGCCAAAAAGUGGCCGGUCAAAGGUCGAAAUGGAGCACUGCUGAAAGAGCAAUGGAGCGAAGACCCUCAGUCAUACUUGAGUGUCUGUGCCAAAAACUUUCCCAAUCUCUUUUUCAUCUUGGGACCUAAUGCCCCGGUUGGAAAUGGCAGUCUCAUUCCAUCCAUGGAGUGGGCUGGGAUGUAUGCCGUCAAUUGGAUCCGCAAAAUCGCUCGUGAACAAAUCCACAGUAUCGAACCAAAGCAAGGAUCCGUCGACGACUUCAAUGUCUAUACACAAGAGUAUCUCAAACGGACCGUCUACACCAGUCCAUGCCGCUCCUGGUACAAGAAUAACAAGGUUGACGGCCCUGUCACAGCUAUGUGGGCUGGGUCUCCCAUGCAUUUCAAGGACAUGAUGAGCACCCAGCGAGGUGAAGAUUUUGACAUCAAAUAUUGCUCACCGAAUCGUUUUAGGUUCAUGGGUAAUGGUACCACCCAGAGGGAUAAGAAGGAUAUGGAUUUGAGCUACUACCUGAGAAAAGAUGGAUGGAAGCAGGACUUGAAGGAUACCGAGGAGCUACUAGUCUAA